AUGGCAAUCACCGAAACCAACGCUGAUGAGCUAAGAAGUACUAUUGAAGGUUCCAUGGACUACCGGGGAAACCCAUCGGUUAGGCUCUCCUCCGGUGGAUGGAAAUCGGCGAGGCUCAUCAUUUGUGUAGAAAUGGCGGAGAGUUUCGCGUUUUUCGGGAUAUCGUCGAACCUCAUAACGUACCUGACCGGCCCAUUGGGACAGUCAACGGCUGUAGCUGCGGCUAAUGUGAACGCAUGGACUGGAACAGUGUCGCUUCUGCCGCUUUUCUGGGCGUUUGUAGUGGUUGCGCUUCUUGGUCGUUUCCGUACUAUCAUCAUCUCAUCUUCUCUUUAUAUCUUGGGACUAGGGUUGUUGUCCUUAUCAGUCAUGAUUCCUUCUCUCUGCGAAGCUCCGAAUCAACUCGCCUCAUGUGCUUCUCAGCUCCAAGUAACACUCUUUUUCUGCGCUCUGUAUCUUGUAGCACUAGGACAUGGUGGUUACAAACCUUGUAUUAAUAUAUUUGGAGGUGAUCAAUUCGAUGAAAAUGACACAGAAGAGGAAAAAGCCAGGAGUUCCUUCUUCAACUGGUUGAUGUUUGGAAACUCUGUUAGCGUAGUGAUGACUGGUCUGGUCUCUAACUACAUCCAAGAGAACGUAAGUUGGUCACUAGGGUUUGGUAUUCCAAGUGUUUUCAUGCUACUUGCUCUGUUUCUCUUCCUCCUUGGAACUUCCUCUUACCGCUUUAGUAUUCAAAGAGAGCAAAAGAAAACCGCUAUUGCGAGAGUCAGUCGUGUUUUCUUGGAGGCAAUAAAGAACAGAAAAAAUAACGAUUCAGACGAGACCAGAGUUCUCUUGGAUCACCAGAGUUCCAAGCAAUUAAAAUUCUUGGAUAGAGCAGCGAUUUCAUGUGAUAUUGUCGAAAUAGAAGAAGCAAAAGCAGUACUUGGGCUUGUUCCCAUAUGGAUGACUUCCUUAGUCUACGCCAUUGUAUCCGCACAGUCCACUACUUUCUUCACAAAGCAAGGAGACAAAAUGGACAGGUUAAUCUCACCAGGACUCUUAGUCCCAGCAGCUUCACUCCAAAUCUUUAUAAGUCUAACAAAGGUUGUAUUCAUCCCCAUCUACGACGGUCUAGUUGUUCCAAUCGCAAGAUCUUUCACUCAAUGCCCUUCAGGAAUCACAAUGCUUCAAAGGAUUGGCACAGGGAUUUCCAUCUCCAUUCUUGCUAUGGUAGUAGCCGCCUUGGUCGAGACCAAAAGGCUACAAACUGACCUCACCACACCAUUGAGCGUGUGGUGGUUGGUUCCGCAAUACGUUAUCUAUGGAGUCGCGGACGUGUUCACAUUGGUGGGUUUGCAAGAGUUAUUCUACGACCAAGUCCCUAAUGAGAUUAGGAGCAUUGGUAUGGCUCUGAAACUAAGCAUUUUUGGGGUCGGCUACUUUCUAAGCAGCUUCAUGAUAUGGGUCAUUGAUAAGCUCACAAGCUACUCUGGUCAAACCAGCUGGUUCGAGUUCGAUAAUGACCUGAACCGAGCUCAUCUAGAUUACUUCUACUGGCUAUUGGUUUGCCUUAGCUCCAUUGCUUUAGCAUCCUACUUGUGGCUCGCCAAGUCAUAUGUCUACAACAACCAAAACACAAGGGAGGACCUAUGA